AUGAGCCAAAGGAAAUAUGCUUUGGAACUUAUCUUUGAAAUGGGACUAGCAGGAUCCAUAUCAGCUGGUAUUCCACUGGAAUCCAAUGUGAAACUCACAUCUGAAGAGUAUGAUUCUUUCAUCAAAGGAGACUCAGAUCCUGAAGCAACAAAAGAUGACAACCUAUUGGCAGAUCCAGGUCAAUAUCAGAGGCUCAUAGAAAGAGUUGUAAGAUACAUCAAGGCAGCUCCUGGUCUAGGUCUACUAAUGCUCUCAGACAGUUCUGGCACACUUGUAGCCUAUUGUGACUCAGAUUGGGGAGGUUGUUUACAAACUAGGAGAUCUCUUAUGGGGUAUCUAGUAAAGUUUGGGGAAGCUACCAUAUCCUGGAAGUCGAAGAAACAGGACACAGUAGCUAGAAGCUCAGCAGAGGCAGAAUUUAGAAGCAUGGCUUCCACAGUUGUUCAAUGUAUGAUAAAUAUAUAA